GGCCAUUGCGGGAAGAUGGCGACGGAAAAAGCGAAGCAUGAAGGAAGAGUGAAAAUUGGACAUUACAUUCUUGGAGACACUCUCGGAGUGGGGACGUUUGGGAAGGUUAAAGUGGGCCAACAUGAGCUGACCAAGCAUCAAGUGGCAGUGAAGAUCUUGAACAGACAGAAGAUCCGCAGUUUGGACGUGGUGGGAAAGAUUCGCCGGGAGAUCCAGAACCUCAAGCUUUUCAGGCACCCUCACAUAAUUAAACUGUAUCAGGUUAUCAGCACCCCUACAGAUAUCUUCAUGGUGAUGGAGUAUGUCUCAGGGGGAGAGCUCUUUGACUACAUCUGCAAAAAUGGAAAGUUGGAUGAAAAGGAGAGUCGACGACUGUUCCAGCAGAUCAUUUCAGCAGUAGACUACUGCCACAGACACAUGGUGGUACAUCGAGACCUUAAGCCAGAAAAUGUGCUGCUUGAUGCGCAAAUGAAUGCUAAGAUUGCAGACUUUGGUUUGUCAAACAUGAUGUCAGAUGGAGAGUUCCUUAGAACAAGCUGUGGUUCUCCAAACUAUGCUGCUCCUGAGGUCAUCUCAGGAAGGUUAUAUGCUGGACCAGAGGUGGAUAUUUGGAGUAGUGGGGUGAUUCUCUACGCCUUGUUGUGUGGAACACUUCCCUUUGAUGAUGAUCAUGUGCCAACACUUUUUAAGAAGAUCUGUGAUGGGAUCUUCUUCACCCCACAGUAUCUGAACCCUGCAGUAAUAAGCUUACUGAAACACAUGUUGCAGGUGGACCCGAUGAAAAGAGCCACAAUCAAAGAGAUCCGAGAGGACGAGUGGUUCAAAAAAGAUCUGCCGAAGUACUUGUUCCCUGAGGACCCCUCCUACAGCAACAACAUGAUCGACGACGAGGCCCUGAAGGAAGUUUGUGAGAAGUUUGAGUGCACAGAGGAGGAGGUCCUUGCCUGCAUAUACAGUCGCAACCAUCAGGAUCCAUUGGCUGUCGCCUACCAUCUCAUCAUUGACAAUCGUCGCAUCAUGAGCGAAGCCAAGGAUUUCUACUUGGCAUCUAGCCCUCCUGACUCUUUUCUAGAUGACCAACACCUGACUUCAUCAGGUGCAGCGAUAGUCAAGCCUCACCCUGAGCGUGUACCUUUUCUCGUGGCGGAGACUCCUCCCAGGAGUAUCCGUCACACACUGGAUGAACUGAACCCUCAGAAGUCCAAGCACCAGGGUGUUAGGAGAGCCAAGUGGCACCUGGGUAUACGCAGUCAAAGUAGACCAAAUGAUAUCAUGACGGAGGUGUGCCGUGCAAUGAAACAGCUGGAUUAUGAGUGGAAGGUUGUGAAUCCAUAUUAUCUGCGUGUGAGAAGGAAGAAUCCUGUUACUGGGAUGCUUGCCAAGAUGAGCCUUCAACUGUACACAGUGGACAGCAGAACCUACCUCCUUGACUUCCGUAGCAUAGACGAUGAUAUGUUGGAGACAAAAUCUGGAAGUGCUACCCCUCUGCGCUCUGGCUCUGUGGGCAACUACCGGACCGCUAUUAAGAACGAUGUAGAUGGAGCAGAGCUUCCAGGUACACCUAGUACUGUGCACCCCACCAAGACUGGAGAAGGCUCUUUGACGUCAUCGUUGACCUCAUCCAUCGAUUCCACAGGAGGCGGGGACAAUGCAACUGUCCCUCGACCAGGAAGCCACACCAUCGAGUUCUUUGAGAUGUGUGCAAAUCUUAUUAAACUACUUGCACGAUAGCUCACAAAACAAUCGCUAGCCU